CCGCCGCCAUGUUGUGGGGCCGAGCGCCGCGGGAGGCGCAGGGGCCGCGGCCCGGCGGAGCCGCCGCUGAGGGCAGCGCAACAGAUGGCUGAGGGCUAGCGGGGCGCACUCGGGACCAUGAUGGCUCAGUUUCCCGCAGCCGUGAAUGGAGGGCCAAACAUAUGGGCCAUCACCUCCGAAGAGCGGGCCAAGCAUGACAAGCAGUUUGAUAGCCUUAAACCCACAGGAGGUUACAUUACAGGUGAUCAAGCACGUACCUUUUUUUUGCAAUCAGGUCUACCAUCUUCAAUCCUUGCUGAAAUAUGGACACUCUCGGACCUGAACAAGGAUGGAAAAAUGGAUCAACUGGAGUUCUCUAUAGCCAUGAAACUCAUCAAGCUGAAAUUGCAAGGACAGCACUUGCCUUCAGUUCUCCCUCCUGUCAUGAAACAAACUCCAGUAUUUUCACCACUAAUGUCAGCUCGCUUUGGAAUGGGUAGUAUGCCAAAUCUGUCCAUGCCAACGUCUGUGUCUGCGAUCACACCAUUAGCUCCCAUGUCUCUGACCUCCAUGAGUUCCAUUCCUCCUUUGGUUAUCUCUGCUCCCCUGGUGCCUUCUGUCAGUACCUCCUCGUUGCCAAAUGGAACAUCCAGCCUUCUGCAGCCUUUGUCCGUACCUUUCUCCUCAACGCUGCCUCAUACUGGUUCUUUAGGCCCCAUGGCAGGAGGAUUUGGUGCUUCCAGUAUGCAGAAGGCACAGUCACUAAUUGAUUUGGGAUCUAGCAGUUCAAAUUCUUCCUCUAGUGCAUCACUAGCUGGGAAUUCACCAAAGAUUACGUCCUCAGACUGGGCAGUUCCUCAGGCCUCCAGAUUAAAAUACAGACAGAAAUUUAACAGUCUUGAUAAAAGUAUGAGUGGAUAUUUAUCAGGAUUUCAAGCAAGGAAUGCCCUUCUGCAAUCAAAUCUUUCACAGACUCAGCUGGCUACUAUUUGGUCCCUGGCUGAUAUAGAUGGAGAUGGGCAGCUGAAGGCUGAUGAGUUUGUGUUGGCCAUGCACCUCACAGACAUGGCCAAAGCUGGGCAGCCACUGCCCCUGACUCUGCCCCUCGAGCUGGUGCCACCUUCUUUCAGGAGUGGAAAAUAUGCUGAAAAUAUAAAUGGAACUCUGCCAUCUUACCAACCUGUGCAAGAGGAGGAGCCACAGAAAAAACAGCCAGUGACAUUUGAGGACAAAAGGAAAGCCAACUAUGAGAGGGGAAAUAUGGAGCUGGAAAAACGCCGACAGGUCCUUCUGGAGCAGCAGCAGAGAGAGGCUGAAAGGAAGGCUCAGAAAGAACGGGAAGAACAGGAGCGAAGAGAGAGGGAACGCCAGGAGCAGGAACGGAAGAGGCAACUGGAAAUGGAAAGGCAGCUGGAGAGACAACGAGAGCUGGAGAGACAAAGGGAAGAAGAAAGGAGGAAAGAAAUAGAAAGGCGGGAGGCAGCUAAGCAGGAGCUUGAGCGCCAGCGACGACUGGAAUGGGAGAGAAUCCGUCGCCAAGAGCUUCUUAAUCAGCGUAACAGGGAACAAGAAGAAAUUGUCAAGCUGACCUCUAAAAAGAAGAGCCUUAAUCUUGAAUUAGAAGCCCUGACUGACAAACAUCAGCAGAUCUCAGGCAGGUUGCAGGAUAUUCGUAGCAAAAAGCAAAUGCGAAAAACUGAGCUGGAGGCUUUGGAUAGGAAAUAUGACCAAGGAAUCAUGGAAGUCAAGCAACUACAGCAACAGCUUGAGGAUUAUCAGAAUAAACUGAUUUAUUUAGUUCCUGAAAAGCAGUUGUUAAGUGAAAGGAUAAAAAAUGCUCAACUUGACAACACUCAGAGUACAGGAGUCAAUUCAGUGCACAAGACAUCCCAAGAAAAGGAAGAACUAUGCCAAAGACUUAAGGAACAGCUAGAUGCCCUUGAGAAGGAAACUGCUUCUAAACUUGCUGAAAUGGAUGAAUUUAACAGUCAGCUUAAGUGUGAGAAUAUGGAUGAUUCUGUUCUUCAGUGCCUUUUGUCUCUGCUAAGCUGUCUCAACAACCUCUUCCUCUUACUUAAGGACCUGAGGGAACGUUACAGCACACAGCAAUUAGCCUUGGAGCAGCUCCACAGGAUCAAACAGGACAAAAUAAGAGAGGUACAAAAAAGAAGAGCUGAACUUGCACAGAAGAAGCGACUGGAAGAUGAGGCUGCAAGGAAAGCAAAACGGGAGAAGGAGAACCGAUGGCAGGAAAAUAUCCGAAGGGAAGAGGAAGAGAAAAAGAAGAGACUGGAGGAAGAACGAAUGCAGGAAAAAGUUCAAGAAAAGCUGAAAGCUGAAGAAGCAGCUGCCAUGAUGAGAGAAAGGGAAAACAAACAACAGCUUCUUGCAGAGGAGGAGAAAAAUAGACAAGCUAUGAUCUUGAGGGAGGUGGAACAACAAAGGCAGAGGCAACUGGAAGAAGAUAAAAGAAAGCAAGAACAAAUAGCAAAGGAAGCUGAGGAGAGGCGCAAGCAGAAUGAGGAGAUAAAAAAGAUAAAAGAAGCAACCAACUCUCAAGCGGUGGAGAAACACACUUCUAAAAUAAACAUUAAUGAAAAGUUUGCAGAUCUGUUGAAACCAACAGAGGGCAAAAGUCUUAAGCCACCCUGGAAAAAUGAAGGCAAUGCAGUUGGUGCUGCGGAGUCGAGGAAUUCCAUUGCCUUGGUAAAUUACAGAGCUUUGUAUCCAUUUGAGGCAAGGAACCACGAUGAGAUGAGCUUUAAUACUGGAGAUGUAAUUCAGGUUGAUGAAAAAACUGUGGGAGAGCCUGGUUGGCUUUAUGGGAGUUUUCAAGGACAUUUUGGUUGGUUUCCGUGCAAUUAUGUAGAAAAAAUACCAGAAGGAGAAAAAGCUUUAUCUCCCAAGAAAGCCUUACUUCCUCCUACAGUAUCUUUAUCUACUACCUCAGCUGCUUCAGAACCACUUUCACCAAGUAAAUCUGCAGAAGAAUCUGAUUACCAAAACAUCCCCUUUUCCAGCCUGAAUGUUAACACAGCCUGGCAGCAGAAAUCAGCUUUUACUCGCACUGUGUCCCCUGGAUCUGUUUCACCCAUUCAUGGACAGGGGCAGCCUAUAGAUAACCUAAAAGCACAAGCACUUUGCUCUUGGACUGCAAAAAAAGAUAACCACUUGAAUUUUUCAAAGAAUGACAUCAUCACUGUCCUGGAGCAGCAGGAGAACUGGUGGUUCGGAGAGGUACAUGGAGGAAGGGGUUGGUUUCCAAAGUCCUAUGUCAAGCUCUUACCUGGGAGUGAAACCAAGAAAGAGGAACCAGAAGCUAUUUAUGCAGCUGUAAACAAAAGGCCUAAUACCCAGAGUUACACAGCAGGAGAGGAGUACGUUGCACUCUAUUCAUACUCAAGCUCUGAGCCCGGUGACUUGACGUUCACAGAAGGUGAGGAGAUCCUGGUGACCCAGAAGGAAGGGGAAUGGUGGACUGGGAGCAUUGAUAACAGAACUGGAAUUUUCCCCUCCAACUACGUCAGACCAAAAGAUCCAGAUGCUUCUAGCUAUGCUGGCAAAACUGGAACAAUAAAUAAGAAACCCGAAAUUGCUCAGGUUACUACUGCCUACACUGCAUCAGGAACUGAACAGCUCAGUCUCGCUCCAGGACAGCUGAUACUUAUUCUGAAGAAAAAUGCCAGUGGAUGGUGGCAAGGAGAAUUGCAGGCAAGAGGGAAAAAGAGACAGAAGGGAUGGUUCCCUGCCAGCCAUGUGAAGCUUCUGGGUCCAAGCAGUGAAAGAACCACAUCAGCUGCUCCCUCAGUGUGUCAAGUGAUAGCCAUGUAUGAUUACACGGCGAACAAUGAGGACGAGCUCAGUUUCUCCAAGGGGCAGCUGAUUAAUGUGCUGAACAAAGAUGAUGCUGACUGGUGGCAAGGAGAAAUCAAUGGUGUGACAGGUCUCUUCCCCUCAAACUAUGUGAAGAUGACCACAGAUUCUGAUCCAAGUCAGCAGUGACCCAAUGUUGUCUUCCAGUGUGAAAGCACCUCAGAGACCCACUAUCCAAGUUUGACUAGCGUGGAGGCAGGGUGGCCAGCCCUGCUCACGUGUCUGACACAAUCCUUUUGCUUCGUUUGAACGUUAGAUCCAAUCAAGAAAUUAGGUUUUUGUGGGUUUUCUUCUAAUCUACAGUUUCAGUUGAUUUGUAAAAGCAGAAAGGAUAGUGGGUCUUUGUGUGGCUUUCACUGCUGUUCAUUCUUGUUUCCUUUAGUAUUUCCUUUGGGAUUGAUAACCGUAGUCAUUAGCAUGCAUAUCAAGCUAUCGUUUGCAUGGUGGGAUUGCAGACACACAAAGACCCACUAUUUGCACAGUUUAUCUGAGCUGUUUUGAACGGGCACUUGUGUUCUUCUAAUGUUGUAAUGUACAUAUUUUGCAGAAUUAAAAUGUUCAUGAAUUAUUGUUCUAAGGGACUUGAUUUAAUCUCUUACAUAUUGAGCUUUUAAAAUUGGCAGCCUUCAUGGCUCAUCCAGAAACAAACCCUACCUGUCUGCUGCUGAUAGUCACUGUGAUUACAAACGUACUACAAGAUCUAAGGGUUAGAUCUGGUGCAGUCCAUCCAGCCUCUUAACACCCUUUUUAAUGGGGGAAAGAACUAUUAAGCAUAGAGUGGAGGAUAUUUUAAUUUUUUAUCUUCCUUCACAGUACUACUAUGGCAGGAAUUCAGGUUGUUUUGGCUCAAUACAUUCUAUCCCUAAACAACCUCCUUCCUUCAAAUUCUGGUCAUUCAUAUUUGCUUUCAGUUUUGGCAAACAUGCUUAGUUGCUGGAGUAAGUACUUGCACAGCCUCUGUGUGACCAGGCCCUUCCCCUGCCCCUUCUCUGAAUUAAAUAGUUCAUGGUACUGAAUUGUUUGUCUCUGGCUGUGGUCUGCAGUGACUUUUAAAGUACUGUCUGAAAGCUGCUGCUUUUCCCCCGGUAAACAGAGAAGCAGCCUAAUGCAAAGGUAACCUCGCUAAAGAGGUGUUGCCAGGAGAGAGACACUAAAGAGACACCUGGAGUGAGGGCAGAGCAUUUGGGUUUAGGAUGGAACUGUGCUCCUCCAUCCACAGUCCUGGCCUGUUGGAGAUACGGUGCAGUAUGGGCUGCCCAUGUCUUAUUAUAAUUUUUGGAGGAAAGGAGGGACUUAUAACCUUGAUUCCCCUUUAAAUAAAAGGAUUAAUUUGAUCCCGGACUACUUCUCUGAUUAAAUAGUUCUGUGCUCUUGUAACAACAAGAGAGAUCUCGUAGACAGUAUUUAAUUUAGUUGGUUUCCUGAACUUGGUUAUGAAAUAGCAAAGGUCACUUAUGCAAUCAGAAAUGUUUACAAAGCAAACUGCUUGUUACUAUAUAUAUAUAUAGAUGAAUGUUGUGAAGGUACUAUCAGGAAAAGGUUAAUCCAAUUGCAGAGAUGUAAAAGCCUUUCUCCAAAAUCCAAUGUUAUGUAUUUAAUAUCCUUGAUCAAAUAAUGUAUAUGUGCCCUUUAGUUCAGAGAUGUAUCUUCUGUGCAAUACAGACUACGCAAUGUGCCUACAGAAAACUACAAAUGGAUUUUUAUUCUGGAUGUAUUUUGUCUGAACCAGUAUUUUGUUAUAGAAUGAAAUCAUGUUGUAGGCAAAUAAUGUGCUAGAUAAUCCUUUGAGUAUUCCAGAUGACUUGAUUUCCUUCUGAAACCACAUUUUAAGUGUUUCUGCUAAAAUACACUACUCACCCAGAAUUGCCUUCUCUGAAUAUCUGUCUUGGAAAGCCUGUUUAAUACAACUAAAAUGUGUUGUGCUGCACCAGUGGUAUCGAGCAGUCACUUACUGUAGUCUAAGAAUUAGGUGAUCUUUUAAAUUACAUAAUUUCUAAAAGGCAAAAAGGCAGUGUUAACCUGUGGGAUUUGAGCCACACUGACAAUCAAUGUUCAGUCAGUUUUCCUUGAAUGUCAGAUUACUACUAAGUGUCUUUGAAAAAUUAAAAACAACUUCACAUCUUCACUGGGGUAUUUGAGGACAUAAUUAUGGGGAAUUUUCCAAAACCAACUGGCAUUCUACUGAUUUUUUUUUUUUUUUUUUACUGAUACAUUUGGAGAUUAUGGUACUGUUGGCAAAGUUUCACACAGGUAGCCCUGUGCUGGCUGUGUAGGUAUGAGCAUUAAUAAUUAUUGAAAAAGCUGCCUCUAAGUCUGACCUGAAGAGUAUUGAAGUGAAGCAUUUUGUGCUUUCACAGCUACCUUUUCGUGUUUCAGUAUUACCUGAAUAUACUCUAAAUUCUCUUUAAGUGUAAUAAUAAAUAUAAUAAUAAUAAAAACACACCUUAAUAAUGCUGAUUGAGAGAGACUUAGUCCCUGCCUUCAGUAUUUAUCUCUACUGCAAAAGUCUGCCUAGCACAGUUCCAGCACAGUUGCCUGAGAGUUCUGCUCUCCUGCACAGUGGUGAAGAAGGAGUGGGAUACACGUCAGAUUAUCUGGAGGAAAGAGUAUGCCAAGGAUGUAUUUACAGCAAGAUUAUUUUAAAAUAAUAUUCUGUAUCAGUGAAGCAGUGUGGCUAUUGGAAGCUGGGUUAAAACCAGAUUUUUACUUUUAAAAAUGCUACUUUUUCUCUGGUUGUGUGCAAUCCACCCCUUUGUUGAUAAAAGCCAUAGAGCUGAGUUCAGCUGGUCAUCCCAGCCAGUCAAGUAGAAUCACCCUUAUUUGGGUGGAAAAGGUUGGCUGUGGAACUAAGGGCAAGGUGGAAAAUAGAGUUCUUUGCUGAAUCCGUGGUUCCCAGGCAAGAGCUGAGAGUCUAAAUGUUGUUCAGAACCAUACAAGGUUAAAAAGUAAAACUGAAGCCAACAUGGAAAGCAAAACAUGCUGUUUGCUGUUGCUUUCAGUGUGGUACUUGCUAAAUGUUGUUUCCUGUGGGCCAGCAGAGAACAGGGGCCCUGGUGUCAUUCGGGGUGAGAACCAAGCAGUGCUGUAAAUGCACAAGAACAGGUACCAAAACACUUUCUAUUUCUGUAACUGGUUUGCAUAAUGGACUAACAACCUACAACAGCCCAGUUUGUCACAAGCUUAGUUUCUGAUCCAGAGCUGGAUCCACCUAGGAAGUUCUUGUGCCACCACUGGAACCAGUGGCAGGGCUGGAUAUGUGAGGAGUCCGUGGUGGUGAGGGCUGGGAGCAUCCAAAGCGCUUUCUCCACGUGGUUAAUGGUGCAGUCAGGAGAGCAGAAGGCACAAAGCUCCUUCAGAAAGUUACACACGAGUAACUGAAACGUCUCCCUCUGGUCACUGAACAUUUCUGCCAUCUCGAGGCUCUGUCAGACCAUGUCCCUGUGUGAUUCUCUUGGGCCGGGUUGGAAACACCUGUAAAUAAGUCUGCUCGUAGGAAUGCCGACAAUCCUUGGCCUGCAGCAGCAGUGGGAGCUGCUGCAGGGUCGUGCUACUUCACUGUAAUGAACCAAUAAAACUGCUUCGUGCUGGUGUGUGCUGCCUUAAAACCCUUCAUUGUCCUUCCCAAGCUUGAGUGUCCACGUGUGGGGAUGGGUGUUGAGACACGCGAAUGCAGGCUGUGCUUAGCAUGAGGCAAUUGUUCACCUUUGGUUUUGAACAAAAUUGUAAGAUAACUAUGCAAAUGUAUUUUAUUAAAGGGACACAUAAAAGGA